AGCCGCGAUGGGUCCCCGCGCCGCUGGGAGUUGCAACUUGCGAGGCCAACGGUGUUGCACCCCGGCCCCGCCCGAUGGGGGAGGGGCGCUGCUUCCCGACCCCGCCCGAUGGGGGGGGGGGUCUCCUGCCCCGCGGGUGCUGCACCCCCGCCCUGCCCGAUGGAUCGUUGCGGGCGGCGCGAGCGGGGCUGGCGGGGCGCGUGCUGCCUCAUGACUCUAGCGGGGGCGGCCGGUAACCGACAGCGCCGCGGCGUCGAAGCGCGGGGCCGGGGGCCAACGGGAGGCGGAGCAUGUGAGGAACCCUAGGGGAGAGCACAACUGCCUGUAUUUGAGGUUUGAAUCUUUUCGUCAGUGCAGCCACUCUGACAGCACAGGGGAGCUGCAAAUUGCACUCCAUUAUGCCCAGGGGGUGAAUCUGGCCCUAUCCACAAACUGUAGGAAGACCACAGUGAGUAUGAAUUGGAUCUGUGUGGUUAGGUAUUCCUUUUUUUCUUUGGAGUGGAAACAAGGGUCAUUUUGCUUAAUAAGGGACAGUGAAAAUCCAGACAAAUUAAUAUCUGUGCUAAUUAGGUUUAAGUAGAUCUUAAUGAUCUCUGAAUGCCAACAAUUUAAUUAUUAAAUUGUUUUCAUGCAGAGGCAGGAUAUUGGAUUUGAAUUCAAAUGCCACAUUCACUUUAGUGCUAUAACUCAAUAGACCAGAGAUAAUGCUUCUAGGUUAAAAUCACUCUUUGGGCCAGAUUUUGAUCUUGAGUAAACAAGUAUAACUCCAGAGUAACUGCACUGAUUUAACCGGAGUUACUCCAGACUUACACUGGUAUAACUGAAAGCAGACUUCUUUUGUCCUUGUCUUGCUUGUUUAGAAAUUUUAAAAUGUUUUACAUUUUAUUUGGGAAUUCAUGUUUUUCUCUUUGCUUAAUUAAACCUUGUUUGCCCUGCCUUUAAUUGUGCAGGUUAGAAAUAAAACAACAUCAAAACUCCUGUACUAUAUAUAGAGAGAGCUUUUAUAUCAUUGAUAAAUAUUUUACUUUUCUUGUAUCAGGGUUUAUAGCUAUGUUUAUCAAUCUCUGCUCAUACAAAGCUUUGAGUAGGUUUGAAAGAAACAUGAGUAUCGGUACACCGUGGGAAAUGGUGAUUUGGGUUGUUCCCACAGUUUUUGAUUACUUAAGCAGAAUGAUAUUUUUGAAACUCACUCUGUUUCCCUUCCAACCAAAGACAUACUGGCAAAUGGACCAGGAAUGAAUCAAAGGUAUGGGGUGGGAUUUUGAAAAACACUAAGCCGCUUUCAGUAGGAGUCAGGGCCUAAUUCUCAUCAACGUUCUUGAAAAUUCCAUCCUGUUUUUAGUGUGGUCAGUAUUAAAGUUGAAGGGUGGUAACUAAUGUAGCCAAAACCAGACUAAUCUGAAAAAAAGCCUGACUAGAAGAACAAUAUAGGGAAUACUGUGAUCAUAAGACGUUUUCAAUACAUCUUAAUGAACACUGGCGCAUGAUGAUUUAGCCAUGAAUUGCAAAAUUUCUCCCUAGUGGUUUAAAAAUUGACGGCUUCUGAUUCAGUGUGAAAGACUGGUGGCUCUCAUCCUCUCUUUGAAAUGUAGCUUUAAGUUUAGGUCCAUAUUUGGCCAAUUUGUCAGAGAUUGACUUUUCAUUGAUUUUGAGCCUCUCCGAUUGUACCACUCUUACAAUUGAAUACAGCCAAAGUUUUAGAGUAAACUCGGCUUGGAUCCAUGCAAAAUAUAUGGCCCCAAAUAGGUUCAUAUAUUUGUGGGAUCAGAUUAGCAAAAUGUGGGGAGCUUUUGAAACAUGGGUCCUAGCCUGUCACGUCCCCCAACCUCCACCUUUGAUUCUGGUUUAAUCUGGCCCGGCUUGUUAAAAGAGUGAGUGGGGAAGUUGAGUCUACUCCGUGAAAUGGAUCACCCAGCUGACCCUUUUUUGUGCAGAGGGUUGGGAUUCGGUAUGCCACUCUUUGUUUUACUGGGAAAAAUAAUAAUGGAAAUGUAUAGCUUGAACUGGGAUUAUAAAAAGUGUGUGUGAUUAUUUCCCAUGAACACUUGUUUUUUAUCAUCUUUUGAGGGGUGAAAUCAGUCAUUGCACUUGCCAACUAAAAAUCUACAUUUGAAUCUUUCAAGAUUUCCCUUUAAAAAUGUAUAUAUAUCAAAAAGAGAGAGAAUAAAGGAAGAGAUUUUGCAGUUCAUGACUAACUCCCCAGUCAAUGUCACUUUUUUCAUUACUUUUACAUUCUUAUGAUCACAGUGUUCUCCAUGGAGCCGUCUGCUCAAGCUGGUUUCAGGCUGGUUUGAUAUUGUUUUGACUGUGUUCAUUUCCACACUUUUAUUUUGAUCAAAAUCAAACCUGCUAAAACAGCCAAAUUUGCAACACUUUGUUAAAUCUUGUAUUAUCUAUUUUGUUCAAGGAAAAUGUCAUCAAAAGUUUUUUUUAAAGUACAAAAUGUUGGGCUAAGAAUACACACUUGGAUUAUUUACUCAUUGCUUAGAUACCAUGGUAAUAGGAGCCAUACAAAAAACAUAGGUAGAUAAAAAGUAACAACAGUUUUUUGUGAACUCCAGUAUGCUGAAGUUGUGAAAAUCCAAAUGAACCUGAUUUGUUAGUUAGCUGAGUAGAAAGGACAUACACAGACCAAAGAGCAGAAGGAAUAUCUGCACAUGUGUAUGCAAAUAUGACACCCAUACUUUGCCAGUUUUAGAAAGUCUCAGGUACAUUAAAUCUUUCCAACAAUGCAAUGCACAACUGAAGGGCAAAAACCAACACCAGAAAAAAGAUUCACAUAAAAAUGAAAAGGUCAACAUUUUGUCUUUUUCCCUAGUAAGAUUCCAAGUUUUCAUCUAUUGUACAGAAAACAGUUGGUAUAUUUCAGAUAGAAGUCUUAAAUAUUGUCCUUGAUUUGUGAUGAGACAGAGAAAUUUUGGAAUAAUUUUAUUUCCAUCCUUGCACAUUUUCCAGAGGGCUGGUAUAACAGAUUUCAAGAGUCCUUUUUAAAGGACAGUUUUGGAUGAAGAGUCUAAUUGACAAGACUGGACUAAAAAAAAAUCCCUGUUUAAUCGGGUCAUAGGAACAACGUCUUUGUGCUGAACAUGGAAGUUUGCAGAGAUUGUGAAAAGAGAGGAUUGUACAAAUGGAGUCAUCUCUUUUUAUAGGGUUUGGAAUCAAAAUGUCCGGAAAGAGAAAAAAGAAAAUUAAUAUUUCCAUCAAUCCCGAGAUGCCUCAGCCUGAAAUGAAUGAUACUGAAGUGAGACAAGACGACCCAGAGAGACUGAGCUGUCAUACGUUGUGUGAAUCCCUAUUAUCGUAUGGGAGUGGAUUCAACAAUUUUCAAGGCAUUUUUAACUGGUCUGUAGUCCUAUUGGUCCUCACACAUGUUCACAUGAGCCUGGAGAAUUUCAUCAGAUAUGGACUGCUAUUCGACCCGGUAAAGAUAAUCUCCGUUUUCCUGAAAGACCCCUAUAAGUGGCCAGCAGUAUAUCUCAUUGCUGCCUCUGUUUUGUUUGCACUUCCUGCAGUUUUUAUAGAAAGGUAUUUAAGAAAGGUUCGUGGAUCUGAAAGCAUUGGUUUGGUGUUGCAGUCAGUUAACCUCCUUUUACUGGUAACAUUCCCAGCUGUGAUGGUUUAUAGAAUGCAAGCCAUAACUCCAGCUGGAGGGUUGCUGACCAUGUUUGUGUAUAUCAUCAUUGCCCUGAAACUAUUCUCCUACUAUCAGGUGAAUCGCUGGUAUAGGGAGGGAACCCCCAGACCAGUCAGAGGAACUUCCAGAAUGCAAGCAGCAGAUCCUUCAGCCCAUCAGUCCAGAAGGAACGAAAGAGGACAGUCAAAGCAGAUCGUGUACCCAAUGAACCUGAAAGUAAAAGAUCUGUAUUACUUCCUGCUAGCCCCCACGCUUUGCUACCAGCUGAAUUUCCCAAGACAAAAGAAUUGCCGGCAAGGCUAUAUCAUUAGGAGAUUCAUUGAAAUGAUUUUUCUCUUUCAUCUCAUGCUGGGGCUAAUACAGCAGUGGAUUGUACCAAAUAUUCAUAAAUCAAUGAAGCCCAUAAAUGAAAUAGAGUCCACCCUACUUACAGAAUACAUCUUAAAACUAGCGGUGCCAAAUCAUUUCAUCUGGCUGAUCUUUUUUUAUUGGUACUUUCACUCCUGCCUCAACUGCCUUGCAGAACUGCUCCGAUUUGGAGACCGGCAAUUUUAUCUAGACUGGUGGAAUGCAGACUCCGUCUUACAGUUCUGGUCCAGAUGGAAUAUCCCUGCCCACAAGUGGCUAGACAGACAUGUAUACAGGCCCUUGCUGCAUCACGGCUAUGACAAGUGGCAGGCCCGAAUGACAGUAUUCCUACUCUCUGCAUGUUUCUAUGAGUAUCUAAUUGCCAUCCCACUGAAGAUGUUCCGGUUUUGGAUGUUUUUUGCUAUGGCAGCCCAGGUCCCACUGGCUUGUCUAAUGAAAAGGCUUUUUGGUGGUAAUUUUGGCAACAUCUUCAUGUGGAUCAGUCUGGUCUUGGGUCCUCCCCUCAUGAUGCUCUUGUAUUUUCAUGACUAUUACAUCCAGCACCAUCGGAAGGAUUCAAGCUGGAGACUGUUUUUUUUCUAAUCGACCCCAGUCCUAGUUCCCUUGUGCUCUCUGUCUGUCUGUCUUUAUGUACGACAGAGGCACCCAGACUUGGUUCAAAUUAGAACCACAGAUUGAAGCCACCCUGUUCUUUAAUAUGGGAGGGGUGGCCCGGGCCUGCAAUGCUCCAUCUGGCCACUAGGAGAUAGAGAAUUGCAUGGUGGUCUCCCCCGCAUAUUGAAGACGAGUGAGCGCAGAGCUGUGUGGGCCACAUGUAUUUGUUUACUUUGGCCACCUCUGAUCCCUUUGUCUCUUCAAUAGAAAGUUGAUCUUUGGCUCCUGCAGGACUGACUUUAAAGAAACCUGCACAAGGUCCCUGAAAAGUCUGGUAACAGCCCUGGAGAUAAAUAUACAUUGUAGUAGAUGCUCUUUAUUCAUAUUAAAGUCCUGCUGUUUAUGAUAACAUCUUGCCUGGGAAAUGCAUUUAAGAAUCAGGUAAAACCUAA